AUGGACAGCCGCGAACCAGACGCGAACGACAUGACAGCGACCGAUAUUCUCCCAUCCACAGACUCCACGGCCAUCAGUGAAGCUUGCGGUGCUGUCAUGUACACAGCCGAGCUACUGGAGGCGAUACUCGACUUUCUUCCACCGAAGAAGGUUCUGCUCUCCAAGCGUGUCUGCCGCCAAUUCCGAGACCUUGUGGAUUCUUCAGUCACGCUGCAAAAGAAAUUGUGGUAUCGUGUCAGCUCUCGGACAGAAGAUCAGGAUGUAUGGGUUGUCAACGGCGGACCAUUGCUUCAAGACGGCCAUCUGGAACGACUUACCGGAAGAGAUUCUGAUCCGAAGCUUUCCCUGGAGCGCAAUGUUGUUCUCGCUACAUUCAAUCCCAUGCUGCUGAGACGAUACUAUUACGAAGAAAACGAGCGUCUGAGUGACGUGGCGAGGCGGACGAUAGAACCAAUGCCUUGGCAAUUUCCCGAACUCCUCCUGCGUGGCCUGCGUGAUGGACCAAAGCAGACGUGGGAGAACAUGCUUCUCAUCGAGACACCAGUGCUGAGCGCGGCUGUCGACGCAAGAUGGUCCAUCUCCUUCCAUAUCACAAUCGAGACUGAUGGGAGGAAAGUCGAGUUUCCAAUGUAUGCAUAUGGCGAUCGUUCAGAAACGGGGAUGACCGUUCGCGCAUUGCUCAAUGCCAUACGGAACUCACCAGCGAGGCAGCACUUUGAACCCUGGAUUUGCCGGAAUAUUGAGGGCCAAUCUAAAUGGGAUUCGCUCUUCGAGCCCGAGAAACUCGAGAAAGAAACGUUGCGCGACUUCAUCGAAGAUCUUGAGACAAAUCUCGGUGGAACCAUGGAGAUCGACACAUCAGAGGGCAGGGACGUCCACAUGAGAUUCUGGGGUGUCAUUUUCACGACCGAGGAGAAGUUGGAGCUGGAGAGGAAGGACAACGCAUCUCGAUAA